AACUUCGCUUGAGAAGGUAACGGCGGAGAUUUUUUGAGAUGGAAUCAAACAGAAUGUAGCUACUAGUAGUUGAAUGCCAUUACAUGUUAUUGGAACGGAGCUGUUUGUCUGCUACAUCGAUUUAAUGCACCUUUUAUAUUCAACACCGUUUAAUUAUGAUGAGUACCUGUCGCUGGUGCACGUCAGUAGAAAAUGGUGCCGCAGAGCUGCUCCAGAGCUACAGUUCUGGCUCGCUCUCGGUCGAAGAUGAGGAGGCGGUCAACGCGGACCUCUGCUUCUGCAACGAGUGUGUUCUGGAGUACCACAGAGCGAGGGAAAACUUCCCUGCUCUGCAUAAGAGGCUUUGGAAGCUGGAGACAUCUCGGCUCCGCAGCCACUUCUCUCAGUUUUCAAAAGAGGAGCUGGAGGAUGACGACCUCUGGGUCAUCGAAGAUAAUCAGGAGGAGACCAAAGUGUCUAAAACGAACCCAGCGGAGUAUGCUAAUGUCCUACGCUUCCCUCUGCUUGAGAUCCUGAAAUACCCCUACCUAAUGGCUGAUCCACAACUGAGUGACAUGUGUGUCGAGGCUCUUUGUAAGAUGGAGAAAUCAAACCAAUCCUUUCAGGUUACUGAAAAAAACCCAGGCAUCUACCUCCUCCUAGUUCAUCCCAAUGAGACGGUGAGGCGGUGGGCCAUCAACGUGGCCAGGUCUCUGGGCAACGUGGACAGAGAUGACUUCUAUGACCUCCAGGAGAUAUUUUCCUGCAUGUUCUGUGUUGUGGAGCUUGGAAUCUCCCGGAACCUCCCGGGGAUUGACCCCACUUACGACCCCACCAGAAAGAUGACAAUGCUGCCAUCGCAUCUGUAUGAUUAUCAGAACGACAAGAACUACUGGCUGGGCAUCUGCAUGCUUCUGACCCAGUUGGACACACAGGCCAUGGACUCUCUGUUCCUAGGACCAGACAAACAGGCCAACAUACUCCAGUGUAUCCUCAAUACGAUGGAGAAUAGCAUGGAGGACGAAGAGGAAGAUGGGAAGGAGGACCCCUUCUGGCCGGCCCUGCAGUGCUUCAUGGUGAUCUUGGACCGGCUGGGCUCCAGGAUCUGGGGUCAGAUAGAGCCCAUCCCUGCCUUCACGACUAUCACAGAGAGCUCCAGCUACAUGAAAGAGAUUGAUUGCAUAAGAAAGGAAUCUCAGAUGCCGCAAGUCAAAGUGGAGCCUGUGCUUGAUGAUGAUGAUGAUGAUGAUAGCACGGUGACAUGCAGUCAAAUGGUGUAUUGUGCUAACAUCCCAGACCAGAGCAAGGAAAAGAGAGGGCGACGCUCCCAUGGUGCGGACGGCAGCGUGGUGUACGAGGAAAUGAACUGUCUGGUGAAUUACCUGCAGUCUGAUCUAGGUCAGGCCCUGCGCAUCCACAACAGCACCUUCCUGUGGUUCAUCCCCUUCAUCAAGUCCAUCAUGGACCUCAACGACCUACACAUCAACGAGGUCAUCCACUAUCUAUGUGAAGAAAUGAACAGGGACUGGCAGGAACGACGAUCUACCUGCGACAAGGUCUCCGAGUUCUUUACCCUCAUUCUCGUUUACAUCAUCAAUCUGCACCUGGAGAGUGGAUGCAUGAACAUGCUUUACUACUGCGCCCCCAACUGGGUGGAGGUGUUGGUGAAGACGGCUACACUUCCCGGUGAGGCUUUCAAGGGCUUGGAAGUACCAAGCUCUCACUCUGUCUCCUCCACUUCAUCAUCGAGGUUGCCACCGCCCCGCAAGACGGUUUCGAACAGGGCAGUGCCUCAGGCUUGCAUGGCUCUCAUCCGGGCCCUGCUUAAGGAAGGCAGCAAGCUGUGCUCCAACACCCCUCAACAGACCGCCAAGUGUUCACAUUUCUUGGAUCUCUUGAACCAGCAGAUCAGAGGCCCUCAAAAGGAUUGGAUACUGAAAGGGUCAGAGGUCAAGCAUCUGCAGAACUGUUUGAAGCAGUUUGUCAGGCAGAUGAUGGACAAACCAGCUAGAACAAUCACCCCGCCAGCUGACGCCUUGAAUGCCGGCCAUGCAUCACCACUUGUUUGUGCACCAUCUGACCUUCCAGGGCCAAGCGGUUUAAUAGUAGGUAGCCGUCCCAUUAAAGAGGAAGUGUCGUUGGAUUACAAUGAAGAUGCUCCCCAUGAUGGCAGCAAUCGUAGCGCACAACUCCUGGAAGCACCAUCGCUGAAGAAGGAAUUUAUUGAGGAACCUGCAACAGCGAAAGACAUCUCUGCUUCACCUCCGAUCCUCGAGAAGUCCUCUUUGAGACCAGAUCUGGGAAGAAUUCUGGAAUUAAAAUCCAAACUCAGUGAGCUGAUGUCUAACAAGAAUGCAGGCGUAAAGAACAGCGUGGCCUUUGAGCCUCGGAGCAGAGACGAGACAGAAAGUCCCAAGCCCUCCACAUCUAACUCUGACAGGACAAGGAGAGAGGUUAUGAGCCCCCCUGCUGAUUCCACUGAAAGCGAAUCCGUCGACAAUACUCGCCUCUCGGUGUUGAAAAGAACGAACGUGAAACCCCAUAUACCUCCUGGCAGUUGUCACAAACUUGACAGAUCCGUGUUCAAUGAAACAAGAGAGGAUGUCAUUGUAAUAUCGGAUGGCGAUGGCGAAAGCGAUAGCGAUGGGGGGUCAGGAGAAGACCUUUUUUUUGUGAAGAAAAUGAUCAAGAGCGAACCCUCUGGCAUGAACCACAGCCUGUGUCGUGAAUAUGAGGGGGACGAAUCACAGGUGUUUGAGUUUGAGACGCAGGAAGAUGUUGUAUCUGCUUGGGCUGACUCGGGUCUAGAGAACGACAAUGUGCAGCAUGUUAUUCCUCCCAAGACUAAAAAUGAUUGUCCCAUCAGACCAGCGUUUAGUGAAACCUCAGCUUUUCCUGAAAACGACACACAACCAAUUUCAGAUGAAGACAUAGAAAGAGCCAUGCUAGAGGCAGAGGAGGGGAUAGCCAAGCAGAAGAGGCCUUCUCAAGAUCGUAAACGUGCCGCCAUUGUCCCAAAAAAGGAUAUUUUUGUAGAGCCGAAACCACUUCCUGUUAAAGCCCGGAGCAAGAAACCUGACCAUGAAGAGAGGAGAUCCAAAGAACAUGCAGUGAUUGCCCCUCAGUUUACCAUGCCGCUUCCCAAGAAAGCAGACCAUACUUCUGACUCCACUUGGAUAGAGAAGGAGGCCCGACCCUCUCUCUCGAAGCCUACCUCCUCCAGGACCGAGAAAGAGACCCAGGCUUCCUCCUCCUCCGCCUCCAAUUCAAGGCCAGCCCAAUCUACCUCCAUGCCAGCGAUUGUGCCCCCAAGAAAGGUCCGUAAGGCCAAGGAGCCCGAGUCCACGGCGGAGAAGCUAGGCCUUAAAAAGAAAGAACGAAAGGCCUUUGAUUUGUCCCAGCGAUCCCGGGACUACGUGGACCAGCUGAGACUCCACGGCCAAGGAGUUCAAGUAGGACAGGCAGGGAGGAAGCGCACCCGAAAGACCAAGAAGGCCAAAGUCCGGACCUCCGACACGCUUGUAGUGCCGGGUACUAAAAGGAAGCUCAUACCCCCAAAGCAACGCCAGUUCUUCAGGCAGGCCAAGUCUAAGCAGCAGGGGGGGGGACCGGGGGCCCCAGCACACCCCGGGGAGAAUGCUGAGGAAGACACCUGUGGGAAGAACAAGAAAGAUCCUGAGCGACGAGCCCUUCCACUCAUGUUUUCAGACGAGGAGGAUGAAGAUGAUCUCCUGCCUUGCUCCCAGCCAGAUCCGGAGAAGAAGGUUUUCAAAGCAGCGAUGAAUGGGAACGCGCCAGAAUCUCCCACCACAUCGAGCACCACCUUAUCCAGCACAGAUAUUCAAAUAUCGAAAUGUUUCCAUGGGAAAGAUGAUGUCACUGCUAGCAGCUCUGGUCAGGCUGCCAGGGGGGAUGAAAUGCUUGGUAAUGAUGAUUACGACUAUGAAUGGAUGAUGUACACUCAAACAGGGCCCACAGAUAUGGAGAUGUCCUCCCAAAUGGAGGAAAAUGAAGAUGAAUUCUAUACGCAGCGAGAUCCUGUAGACAUGGAUAUUGACGGAGACAGCCAGGAGCCCGCGGAUGGAGAAGAUCUGCCAGGCGACCUGCAGGCAGAUCAAAACCACGGUUUUAAAAAACCGCCUGCGCCUCUAUCUGCCACCGCAGCUGCUCAGAACGACGAGCGCUUGUUCCUGAAACCAGGCAUGUCUCCGAUGUCUUCCAUGAACGCCAAGCCGUCCACCACCAAGAUCUAUGCUUCACCGUCAAGUUCCAGAAAUGCUUCGCUGAUGCAGGACAUGGAGAAGACUCCGGCUGGUUGUGCUUUGGGAAGGGGCAGGUUCAACAGGCCCCCCCCAGUCCGGAGACCUGGUGCCCCCCAGCCUCACCCGCUCCCCCAAGCACAGUCUGUACAGAUGCCUCCACCUCCCUUGGUGGAGGUGCCAAACAGGCACCAAGGGGGGUGCCUGUUUGGCACCUCCCUUGUGCCAAACAGGCACCCGAACAUCCUUUUGGACCCCUCCACCCCUAUCCAGAACAUUCUAAGGUGGACCUAUGAUAUGUUCACCAACUACAAGCAGUUUGGAGCGCCUACAGACCUGUGUGCCUUCCCGUUGGUGCCAGUGGGCACACACUUUAAGUCCUUUGAUGAGUACUACAAGACCUUUUACCCUUUGUUGCUCAUCAAUGCGUUUGAAGAGCUUUGCUCUGAUUGGCAGAAGAACAGUGGAACAAGACAGAUGAAGCUGAACUUGGUCGGAAAUGACUUCCGCAACGGUGUAUGGAACGUCAAUUUCGAGGCGGUUCUCACUCCCAAUGAAGAGUCGCGUCACCUGUACCCUAAGGAGGAUGACCUGGUGGUCCUGUGGCUGCCUCAGAACACUGGAGCUUACUCUAUAUAUGAGCAAGACCAACUGGAGCCCAAGGCAUACUUCGGUUGUGUCCACAAGUCCAACGUCCAACGCGAGGGCCAGCCCACCAUCACCAUGAUCAUCAAGACAUGUGGGAACGUUACGUCUGUGAACAAGAUGCCCGUGCGGUGUGAUGUGGUGGGUUCCCUCAUCAACACCCUGCGGGAGUUCAGGGCCCUGGUCAGUCUGAAGAGCAGUCCCCUGAACAGGUCCCUCCUGGCCCCCCAGAUCUCCUACUUCACCCCUGGCGAGGACGACGGCUCCGCCCUCAACCUGCCAGAGUAUAACUCAGAUCAGCUGAAGGCCGUAAGGAACGGGGCAUCUGCUGUCAGGAACCAGGCCAAGGGCCCCAAGGUCUGCCUGAUCCACGGACCUCCAGGAACGGGCAAGAGCAAGGCGAUCGUAGGCCUGCUCAUGAAUCUCUUCUCGGGGGGUGCGCAGAGCAUGGCCCCUACCUCCGCCAACCGCCUUUCCAAGCCCCGUCGUCUCAGGGUCCUCCUCUGCGCUCCCUCCAACGCCGCCAUUGACAACCUGAUGAAGAAGGUCAUCGUGGCCUUUAAGAGUCUAAGCCUCCCGCAACGGCCCCAGGGCAACUGUGGGGACAUCAACCUAGUAAGACUGGGCAGCGAGAAGGUCAUCAGUAAGAAGCUCGCUGACUUCAGCCUGGACAACCAGAUCAAGAGCCGAACAGAGAAGGCCAUGUUACAAAACCCAGACGUACACCGGCGCAGCGCUCAGCUUGAGGAGUGGAUCUACAAUAUCUCCAGGGAGAUCAGCCGUGAAAAAAAGGACAGUCCUAAGUACAGGGAGUUGGUUGAGAAGAAGGCCAGACUGGCCAAGGACAGACAAGCCCUCAGCAGUGAGCUCAAGCAGAGUCGCAGUAUGAAGCAGGCAAUGCAGGCCAGGGUCCUCAACGACGCUCACGUCAUCUGCUCCACCCUGAGCACCAGCGGCAGCAUGGUCCUAGAGUCCGCCUUUCGACGCCUCGGACACGAACCCUUCAACUGCGUCAUCGUGGACGAGGCAGGUCAGGCCACAGAGACGGAGACCCUGAUCCCCAUGCUCUACCGCUGCAGCACACUCAUACUGGUGGGAGACCCCAACCAGCUGCCCCCUACUGUCGUCUCACAGAAAGCGAAGGAGCUGGACUACAGCCAGUCUCUGAUGGCCCGGCUGUGUCAGCGCCUGAGGCUCCUCAGCCAGGAGCAGGGCUGCCCCAGCCCUGUGGUGUUUCUACGGAAACAGUACCGCAUGCACCCCGACAUCUGCGAGUUCCCCUCCAAGCACAUCUACAACAAGAUGCUCAUAACAGACAGUGCUACAGGAGAGGAGAGGUGCGCUGCCGGUUGGCCUUUCCAGCCCUACCUCCUGUUUGACGUUGUGGAUGGCCAAGAGCUCAAGGACAGAGAGUCGUUCUGCAACGAGAAGGAGGCGCGGCUGGUGCUGCUGCUGCUGAGGCUGAUGAACGGCCACGUGAUGGCGGCCGUGAAGAAGCAGGCCGGCGUGCAGCUGGACAAGAAGCAGGUGAAGGUGGGCGUGAUCACCCCUUACAACGGGCAGAAGGAGCGUGUCAGGAGAGAGAUGUCGCGGGAGGACUUCGAAUACGUCCAGGUGGUGGUGGACACUGUGGACGGCUUCCAGGGCCAGGAGAUGGACUGCAUCAUCGUGUCCUGUGUCAGGGCGGGCCAGGAUGGCAUCGGGUUUCUGGCUAACAGACAGCGGAUGAAUGUAACCAUCACACGAGCCAGGUGUAGCCUGUUCAUUCUGGGUCACCUGCGCACACUCAAGAGCGGCGACAGUGAUUGGGGUGCGCUAAUCAACGAUGCUAGCAGGAGAGGCACCAUUGUCCGCGCUGAGGAGAAGGCCUUCAACAACGCCGUCCAGAAGAUCUUCAAGCCCUUUCCCUCCCUCGCCCGGAACUUGUCCUACCCCGCUCCUAACCCUUCAUCCCGAGCGGAGGCCCCCAGGCCCGCCUCUGUCAGUCAGCGCCGCUCUUCCUACCCUGUGCCCUCCGCCCAGGCCAGUGGCUGCUCCCUCCAGCAGCACCCCAGCAACGCCUCCCCUCCCCAGGCAGUAGCGCGACCCACCGAUCCCCGGCUGGCGGCGAGAGUCCCACAACCCCCCGACCAGAAGGCCCAGUCGCUCAAGCCCCAGGGGGACCCCAGGGCGGAGACCUCACCCCGGUACCUCCCGGCCCCCCAGCCCAGGGUAGAGGCUCUUCGGGAGACUGUCCGAGACCACCCGGCUGUCAACAAAAAUAAGGUCCGAUUCAGUGACACUGGGCAGAAGCGGGUCAAGAGCCCUCAGGAUUUCAGCUCGUGGGCGCCCUCUGCAGGCAGCAGCAGCAGCAACAGGGACCCCAGAGGUGACGGAGCGAGGGACCACCGAGCAGCCGUCUACAACCGGGAGCCCCAAGUGGACGGCUCCAGAACCGCGUGCGCCGAAAACAUCCGGGACCCCGCCACCGACGCCCCCCGCCCUUCCAGAGGACGACGUGGGGAUCCCGGCACCAACAGCCCCAGUGGGGGAGACGUCGAGUACAACCAUGGGAGGAGCUCCAAAGCUCUCCUACCAGAGAAGGACAUGCACUCUGUUUCAGGAGCCCCGCCCCACCCAGCACCAGGGGAGCGGACGGCCCGAGACCCCCGAUUGACUGGCUCCACACACGACAAGGCUCGCUCCCCGCACCUCAACCCCCCCACACACACCCCUAAGGGACUGAAACGCUCCUCGGACCAGCAAUGGGACCCCCCCUCCAGUUCAAAGAGAGCGAAGAGAUGAGUGGAGCGUUUUAGUUUGGUCCUUUUUAUAUUGAUUUGGUCAAAGGUGAGGACUUGAAGAUGAGAGAGAGAAGAGUUCCCCUCAGACCCAAAGUUCUCAACGAGAGUCCAGGUUUCCAUCUCAGCUGCUUCUCCUUGGUCACUUCUGCUGUGUCUUUAUAACUACAGUCCAGUUCCACUGUGGGAUGGAUUUUUGUUACAGUAUUUCCGUGUUCACAAUGUCAAUGAUCUUGCCAAAAACACUGGGAUGUAAAUAGGUGUUUUUCCAGAUGUAAAGUACAGCCACUUAAAUGCACUUAGAAUACGUAUAUAUAUAUAUAUAUAUAUAUAUAUGUUGAUGUUGUUGUUUUCUUUUGUGAUCUGUUUUUUUUGGACUGAUUGUGAAAUUCUCUUUUACAUACCCCCCCUCCCCCCCUCCCGUUUAUUCCUAAAGCUUUGUAUUUGUACUGACGCCGUUUUAAAGUUUGUCUUUUGGUUUCUCAUCAUUUCCAUGUCCUGUUUCUACCUGAAAUUCCACUCAAAAGUCAGAACUCAGCUAAUGGCCUCUCUGACAACCACAAGGUUGGCCUCUGGGUGUGUGCUGACAGUAAAUAGAUCUGGAGAGAAAUGCAUAAUAUAAGACAGACCUUUUGAGCUGUUUGAUUGGUUCCAGUGAAGAGGGGGGAGAGAAAUCAAGGGUACCCUGAUUGAGUGGGUUUAUGAAUGGUCUUCGAACCAGAUCUAGUUUAAGGCAAAAGCUCCUUGUCUCUUUCAGGGAUACAUAGAGACCUGUGCAGUAUCUCUUGCUAUACUUUUUCGUUCAGCAGCUGCAAAAAUGAUUCACUCACUUGGUGAUCUGCAUCAGAUUAUGUUUGUACAAUUUCUUUUUCCAAUUUCCUUUUAACAAUCUUACCUUUUGUUGACAUGUAAACCAGGUCUUAAGAUGUGGCUUUAAAACACUUUCAAAUAUAUUGGGUACCUGUUGAACCAGAGACCUAAACGUGGAUUUGUUUUUAAAUUGACCAUAGUUUUUUAAGCAUUAUUCUAUUGCAUAUAAUAAAUUGGUGCCUCUAUUUGAAAGGAUCUGCAGAACUAGACUACGUUAUGUUCUGAAUCUUGGACGAGACUACGUCCAGGGCUUUUUUUUUACUUUUUCACAAAAUGCUCAAAUAAAGAGAACUUUGUUGACUGAC